AUGACCACCCUGUGCUCCGAAUCGUACGUGUUCGACGGGCGCCCCGCCUACCCGCUGCUGGUGCCCGCGAAGCGAUACUGGCACCCGUCGCUGUCGCAGGAGGACGGGCUGACGCUGAUCCUCGCGCACGGGACGGGCUUCCACAAGGAGCACUGGGAGCCCUUCCUCGACGACCUCUUCGGGCUGCUCGGCACCGCCGCGAGCAUCGGCGGCCCGCGGCUGCGCGUGCGCGAGGCGUGGGCGAUCGACGCGCCGAACCACGGCGCGGGCGCGCUGCUCAACGAGGCGGUGCUGCGCUUCGGCUACGAGCCCGUCUUCGCGUGGGACGAGUACGCGCUCGCGAUCCACCGCUUCCUCGCCGGCCACGGCUCCGGCAUCCCCGUCGACUUUGCGCGCCGCCGCCUCGUCGCCGUCGGUCACUCCUUCGGCGCCAUCGCCCUCGUCCUCACCCGCACGUACACCCCCGCCCCGCGUUUUGAGGCCGCCGUCCUCGUCGAGCCCAUGCUCAUCACGGAGGCCACCGCCGCCGACGCCACCUUUGCGGGCAACUUCCUCGAGCAGAACGCAGCCAAGCGGAGGGACGUCUGGCCCAGCCGCGAGGCCGCGCGCGAGCUCUUCGCCGCGCGCUCGUUCAAGGACUGGGAUCCGCGCGUGCUGGAUCUGCACGUGAAACACGGCCUGCGCGACCUCCCAACGCUGACCUACCCAGACAAGCAGGGUGUCACCCUCACGUGCACAAAAAUACAGGAAGCUGCUACCUACCGCGACAGCCACGGGCGCUUCGCCGCCCUGCGCUACCUCGCCACAUUCUGCGCUGACGUGCCCACGCACGCCGUCUUUGGCGCCAUCGCAGACUACGUGUGCGUCUCACCUUCAUCUCCUCUUUUCUCUCGCGCGCGCGCCAUCCGCGCCGUGUAG